AUGGCAGCCUUACCAGGACCACAUGCAUUUUUAUUCGUUCUUAAUCCAACAACGAGAAUUACUGAAGAAGAGCUUAAAAUGCUCAAUUCCGUUCGGGAAAUAUUCGGUACAGCAUCUAUUAAUCAUACAAUCAUUAUCUUUACUCAUAGCGAUUCAUUGGAUGCCCACGGCAUCACAAUCCAAGAGCACUUGGCUCAAUUCGAAUCAAAUCAUCCGUUAAACAAGCUUCUUGAUCAGUGUGGACAUCGCUAUUUAGCUGUAAAUAAUCGUGCAACAAAUACAGAGAAGACUGCGACAGUAAGAGCUUUGCUUGAUAUAGUUGCGCAAAUGGUUGCGAACAAUAAUGGUCAAGUGUACAUAAACGCCAAUUUUGAAGCUGCUGCCAAAUUCAGUGGAAAAUAUACGAGCGAAAAUCAAGAUUAUUCUUGA